AUGGCUGAAUUUAUUUUAAGUAGUCGAAACAAUAAGUUACUACUUCUUGAUUUUUACUUAUUUCAAAAGGAAAAAACAUCUAACCAAACAACCUAUUGGAGAUGUAUUCAAUUCAAUGUGGACGAAUGCAGUGGACGUGCAAGAACUAAGAACGGAAUCCCUAUAUUCCACAAUCAUAAACAUAACCAUGUACCAGACAUUGCAGAUAUUGAAGCAAGAAGAGAGCUAAAUAGAAUUAAACAAGUGGCUUCUAGUUCCCAAUCUCUGCCCAAUAAUAUAAUAGCCGAUAUAUCUAGCAAUAUAUCCAUAGCCGCCACUGGUAAAAUGCCCAGUUGUUCCUUAAUUAAAAGGACAAUUCAAAGGAAAAGACGCCAAGUAGGAAGAGCGCCUGCCGUUCCUGUAAGCCUGAUUGACUUGGUCAUACCAAUCGAAUAUCAAUUAUCCAAUAAUAAUGAACAAUUUUUACUUUAUGAUAGUGGUCAUCAUGAUCACCGAUGCAUAAUAUUUUCUACCAUUAAAAAUUUACAAUUUUUAUCAACAUGCGAUAAAUGGUAUGCAGAUGGCACAUUCAAAACAUGCCCCCCUCUCUUCCAGCAAAUAUACACCAUCCACGGGAUGAAACAUAAAACCAUUAUUCCCGCUAUUUAUGUUCUGAUGGCAUCAGGUCGCCAACAAGAUUACCUUAAUAUUUUCAAUCAAAUUAAAAAUUUCCAAAUUUUUUUAAAUCCAAAAGUUAUUAUGAUUGAUUUUGAAUUAGCAGCCUUAUCUGCUUUUAAACAGUCAUUUCCAAUGACUGCAUGCGCGGGUGUCUGUUCCAUAUGUCGCAAUGCAUAUGGCGCACGGUCCAGAAAAAUCCCCGCAUUUGCAAUGCAUACAAAAGCGAAACUAAUUUUGCUAUGUAUAUAA